AUGGGGUUCGAAGAAUAUCUAUGUAUCCAUCGAAGGUGGGUCGAGUUGUUUGCGGGCAUCUGGAUGUUUCAACUAACACUAGCAUUAUCCCAGGAUUUGCCACAUGAUACAAUAGGCCUACCAGUACUACAAGGUUUUGGUGGUACAUACGGAAGCACUGGUAGUACGAAGCGGCAAUGUGAAGACAUUACAAUUCCACUUUGUCAAAAACUUUCAUACAACAUGACAGUGUUUCCAAAUUUACUGAAUCAAAACCAAGAAGAUGCUGGUAUGGAAGCUCAACAGUUCUUUCCUCUCAUCAAAAUCGGAUGCUCAACUGAUUUUAUAUUUUUUGUGUGUUCACUGUAUGCACCUCCUUGUACUGUUGUUGAAAUCCCGAUACCGCCUUGCAAGUCGCUUUGCCAGAAUGCUAAAAAUGGAUGCGAACCUCUCAUGAUCCGACAUGGAUUUAUUUGGCCCACAAAAUUUAAUUGUGAUCUGUUCCCUGAAGACGAUUCUAACGUUAUGUGUAUAGGCAGGUACGCCAACAGAACGGAACUUGCUACAACGGCCACAUACCCUUCAGCAGCUACAACCCUAAUAGAAACUGACAUAGGCCUAUCAUAUGUGCAGAAGAAAAGGCGUUUCCAACUUCUGCGUAUGUAA